GUGUGUGUGUGUGUGUGUGUGUGUGUGUGUGUGUGUGUGUUUAAACACAGCUACUAGAGGAAAGGAUUUUAAAAUCGAACUGUAAUAAUCAUUUUCCAGGUGCUUACAAGGAGGAAUGGGACAACCAGGAGGUGAAACGAGGCCAUGAGACAACCACUAGCCAGAUAAUCCUGUCUGGAGUAACUGAGGCGUGUCUGAAUGUAGGCUGCUGCAGUCCUGAAGGUUGAUGGAGGGCCAUGCUAUUCAAACAGCAGGUGUGGCUAAGACAGAAGCUCCUGGUGCUUGGAAGCCUUGCUGUUGGGAGCCUGCUGUAUCUAGUUGCCAGAGUUGGGAGCUUGGAUAGGCUCCAGCCCAUUUGCCCGGUGGAAAGUCGAUUUGGUGGUGCCCACAACCAGGCUGAGCUCCCACUCCGAGCCCUGCAGUUUAAAAGAGGCUUGCUGCAUGAGUUCCGGAAGGGCAACUCUUCCAAGGAGCAGCUACGCCUCCAUGACCUGGUCCAACAGCUCCCCAAAGCCAUUAUCAUUGGGGUGAGGAAAGGAGGCACGAGAGCCCUGCUAGAGAUGUUGAACCUCCAUCCAGCAGUGGUCAAAGCUUCCCAAGAGAUCCACUUCUUUGACAAUGACGAAAAUUAUGCCAAGGGCAUUGAGUGGUACAGGAAGAAGAUGCCUUUUUCCUACCCUCAGCAAAUCACGAUUGAAAAGAGCCCGGCGUAUUUCAUCACCGAAGAGGUUCCAGAAAGGAUUUACAAGAUGAACUCAUCCAUCAAGCUGUUGAUGAUUGUCAGGGAGCCGACCACAAGAGCGAUUUCUGAUUACACUCAGGUGCUAGAGGGGAAGGAGAGGAAGAACAAAACCUACUAUAAGUUUGAGAAGCUGGCCAUAGACCCUAAUACCUGCGAGGUGAACACGAAAUACAAGGCAGUUAGGACCAGCAUAUACACAAAACAUCUGGAGCGCUGGUUGAAGUACUUUCCCAUCGAACAGUUUCACAUCGUGGACGGGGACCGCCUCAUCACCGAGCCUCUGCCAGAACUUCAGCUGGUGGAGAAAUUCUUAAACCUUCCUCCGAGGAUAAGUCAGUACAAUUUAUAUUUCAAUGCUACCAGAGGGUUUUACUGUUUGCGAUUUAACAUUAUCUUUAAUAAGUGCCUGGCGGGCAGCAAGGGGCGCAUCCAUCCAGAGGUAGACCCCUCCGUCGUUACCAAAUUGCGCAAAUUCUUUCAUCCUUUUAAUCAAAAAUUUUACCAGAUCACGGGGAGGACAUUGAACUGGCCCUAAAAUAAUAUAGCAUACAACACCAUGUGUUGUAUCUUGAGACGCAUGGCGUCCCCUCUACAUUAAAGUAUGCACUUUCCCAGACACAGCUCCCCAAUUCAUUUUUCCACGAAUACUUGUACAUAUGCAGUGUGUGACCAAAUAUAAGAUCAAUUGUUUUUCUACUGAAAAUUUACAAAUAAAUAAAUAAGAAAUUGCUUUCUACAUAGUUGCAUCUUGUAAGCUAUUUACAGAAAGAAAAGGAAAAAGAAGAGGUGGUGGGACUGGGGAAAGUGACGUCAGAUAUUGUCAAGUUAGUCUUCCUCUGACUUAGAACUUGUCACCUGCUAUUUAUUGUCAGAUUUAAGCCAAAAGAUGAAUGUGUGGAAAUGUACCUCUGGCUACAGAGCUUCAGGAAGUAGAGGAUUCAGUUUAAUGGUUCAUUUGUUUUGUUUUGUUUUUGUCCUAAGCUAACAUUGGCUCUUUAAUUCAAAUAUUUGGAUUGGUGCCAUGAAAACAGAAUAUGCUAUUUUCUUAUCAUUUGAAAGAAUGUCUUAGCUCAUAAAAUUGACCUUGUUCCAAAGUUCUUGUGGUGAUUUUGCACUAUUGUUUCCUCGUACGGACCACGGUGUCAUUUGUAGCAUGUCAGUCACGUGCUGGAGAAUCACCACACCCUUCACUUCCGCGUCCGUUGUGUGUCAACAAAGAAAAAUGACCUGUACAUAUUUGUAAAUGGUGUAAAUACCCGUUUCACACUAAGUAAUUCUAUUUUGUAAACCGAAUAUGGCUAUUUAAUUUAUUGUGAAAAUUAAAUUUAUUGUGGUAUUUAAAAUGGAAUGGAUUAAAAAUACACGAUGUGCAACUUUCCUUAAAAA